AUGUGUGCCAAGCGGGUUGCUCCCUCAUGCUGCCCCGCACCCCUGCAGGCACCGUUCGUGUGGGACGACGAUGGCAGCGUGCCAUCCGCCAUGGCGUUCAACACGUGGCAUCCGCGUUACACCAACCACCUCGCAUGCGCCUCUGCAAACAUGAUCAUGCUGUUGGAGUGCAUGGGCGAUGGCUCCAUUGCGUACACACACACCUUCUUCCACCCCACCCACCAUUGCCUGCGAGUGGGUGAGGGUGGGCAGGAAGCUGAGACAAGGGGAGUUGAGAGCUUUACAGCGGUGGUGUGGAUGGUGGACGCGGAGGAGCGAGUGCUCGUGGCAGCGGGCGGCGAGCUGGGUGUUAUCCGCAUCGUUGACUUCCACUCGCGCCGCCCCUUCAAGACGCUGAUGGGGCAGGGGGUUGCCAUCACGGAUCUCUGUGCGCAUCCAUCUCAGCCGUCCAUUCUCCUCUCUGCCAGCAAAGACACGUCGGUGUGGGUGUGGCACGUGGGCAGCGGCGUGUGCUGCGCCAUCCUCCUGGGCCUCCACCGCACACCCGUGCUCUCCGUGGACGUGAGUGGCAUCGAGGGCACCACGGUGGUGACGGCAGGGGAAGACGGCAGAGUGUGUGUGUGGGACCUCAGAGAGUGGACGGGAAGGCCCUCCGACUUCCCCACCAAGCAAGUCGUCCUGCCGGGCUUCGUGGCAGCGAGGGUGCACGCAGCGCCAGUGCAGCAAGCCGCCACCUACGGGAGCCUCUUUCUGUCAAUGUGCACGACAGGCGCAGUGCUGCUGUGGCGGUGGACCUUCGUGCCCGGGCUCGACAUAAAGGAGGGCACCUCUCAAACACUCCUCCACCUGCACACGCCUCCCCCCUCUGCUGCCCACCCACCCGCUGUUGACAACUCCACUCACAACCCACCCUCUCUUCCACGCCCCCCACGCUUCGCGAUGACGGCCGCACGGCGCUUCCUCGCCCUCUGGAGCGGCACGAGUGAAGUGAAGGUCGUGAAAGUGGCCGACCCCUCACAGCAGCUCAGCCUGCGCCCACCCACCACAGCGCCAAUAAUAGCCAUUGCGCUUUCCCAUGAUGCCAGCAUCGUCAUGUGCUGCUGUGCCGAUGGCCAUCUGGACGACCUCACAACCAUCGUG